AUGCCCGAGGGGCUGGGGGACGCGCGGGGCAGCGAGUGCAGCCCGUCGGGAGGGGAUGCUCGGCUGGUGCUGAAUCCGCCGGGAGGGGAUGCUUGGCCAGUGCCAGUCCCAGUGGGAGGGGAUGCUCGGCUGGUGCUGAUCCCGCCGGGAGGGGAUGCUCGGCUGGUGCUGAUCCCGGCGGGAGAGGAUGCUUGGCCAGUGCCAGUCCCGCCGGGAGAGGAUGCUCGGCUGGUGCUGAACCCGCCGGGAGGGAAUGCUCGGCCGGUGCUAGUCCCAGCGGGAGAGGAUGCACAACCGGUCCCCAGCCCGGCGGGAGGGGAUGCUCGGCCGGUGCUGGUCCCAGCGGGAGAGGAUGCUCGGCUGGUGCUGAACCCGCCGGGAGGGGAUGCUCGGCCGGUGCUAGUCCCGCCGGGAGAGGAUGCUCGGCUGGUGCUGAACCCACCGGGAGGGAAUGCUCGGCCGGUGCUGAACCCGCCGGGAGGGAAUGCUCAGCUGGUGCUAGUCCCAGGGGGAGAGGAUGCUCGGCUGGUGCUGAACCCGCCGGGAGGGGAUGCUCAACCGGUCCCCAGCCCGGCGGGAGGGGAUGCUCAGCUAGUGCCGGUCCCGGCGGGAGGGGAUGCUCGGUCGGUGGCGGUCCGGGCGGGAGGGGAUGCUCAGCUGGUCCCCAGCCCGGUUGCACUGGUACAGCUGAGGGCCCAGACUGUGAUUUUUGAAGCCCUGUCCCAGCCCGGAGCGCCCCGAACUGAUGGGUACCGGGUGCCCCUUUCCCCCCCCCCACCCCGGGAUGCAGCACCGGGACGCAUCGCUGCAGCUCCCCGCUCCCACCCGCCUCCUCCUCCUCCUCCUCCGGGAGCGCGCUCGCCCAGCCGGGAGCGAGCAGCCGGCGGGAGGAUGCUGCAAACGGCGGCGGAGCCGGGCGGCUGGGCAGGCAUGAAGCGACCCCUGAGCCCAUCCCAGAGCCCUGAGAGCGGGGGGGCGAGGCUGGUGGAGGCGGCCAGUUCCCCGCCAAACCAGCCUGAGCAGCGCAUGAAGCGGGAGAAGAAGCACCAGUCGUUCACCCUCUGCGAGGUCUGCAACAUCCAGCUCAACUCAGCUGCCCAGGCACAGAUCCACUACAAUGGCAAGUCCCACCAGAAGCGCCUCAAGCAGCUCAACAAGGGGAAGAUGCCGUCAGGACAAGGUCCCUCCGGACACAGCAGCCCCCUCUUAGCGUCGUUGCCCAUCCCUGGCCGUCCCCUCCAUCCCCCCUUGGACAUCAAGCACUUUCUGACCUUCAGGCUCAACGGGACGUCACCGCUCAACCUCUUCCCCAACUUCAACACGAUGGACCCUGUGCAGAAAGCAGUGAUCAGCCACACCUUCGGGGUGCCCACCCCGCUCAAGAAGAAGCAGUUCAUCUCCUGCAACAUCUGCCACCUGCGCUUCAACUCUGCGAACCAGGCAGAAGCCCACUACAAAGGCCACAAGCAUGCACGGAGGCUGAAAGCCAUCGAAGCCAUGAAGAACAAGCAGAAGGCAACUGGGGCUGCGGCUGUGGCCACCAGCCAGGACGAUGCAGCCGACUUUGCCCCCAGCCCUGAGAGCAGCGGGGAGCCAAGCGGCACAGCUCAAGCCAGCAGCCUGCAGGAGCCAGAGGGUGAGUGCAGUAGCCUGGGGCUGACGCCAGGCGCUGAGGAGCUGCCGGGCAGCGUGGCCUCGUUGGGCUCCCCGCCGGCCUCGGAGCUGUCGGAGGGCACCUCAGAUGCCACCAGCGUGGCCUCCUCGGCUGCACAGGCAGCUGAGGCUCAGGCAGCCGAGUCAGGCAGCAGCGCCAGCUCAGCCCCCGAGAACGAGAAGGAGGGGAAGAAGAGCAAACAGCACCUGUACUGUCCCACCUGCAAAGUGACUGUCAACUCACUGUCCCAGCUGGAGGCUCACAACACUGGUGCCAAGCACAAGUCGAUGCUGGAAGGUCACAGCACCCAGAUGCGGCGAGGCCGAGGCAAGCUCCUGUCCCGGGCAGGGCACAAGUCCAAGCGGAUCGGCAACAAGGGCAGCAUCAGCAUCCAGAACAAGGCUUUUCACUGCCAAGUGUGCGAGAUCUACGUGAACUCGGAGACCCAGCUCAAACAGCACAUGAGCAGCAGGAGGCACAAAGACAGGCUGGCGGGGAAACCACCCAAGCCCAAGUACAGCCCCUACAACAAGCUGCAGAAGAAUGCUGCCCUUGCAGUGAGUAUUCUCAAGUCCAAGCUGGCUUUGCAAAAGCAUCUCACCAAAACCCUGGCGACUCGCUUCCUGCCCAGCCCGCUCACCGCAGCCGCCGUCUGCGCCAUGCCGGGCCCUCUGGCCCUGAGACCAGCCGCUGCCACCACCCUCUUCCAAGCCCCUCUCCUCGGACCAGCCCUUUUCCGAACGCCCCCAGCCCACGUCCGCACCACACCGGGCCCCAUUGUCUUCGCACCCUACUAG